AUGUUGCUACGUCUAUUCAUUGAUUUUAAACCAUUUUUCUUUCUUUUUACUUUAUGGGCACUUUUCUUUGUUUCAUUCUUUCUUUCUUGCUUGCUUUCCCUUCAUUUUAGCCAUUUUUCUUUUUUCUUUCUUUCUUUCUUUCUUUCUGUAUUUAUAACCUUCAUUUUAGCAAUCUUUCUUUUUCUUUUCUUUUUCUUUCUUUCUUUCUCCUUUUUCUUUGUAAGACAUCAUUUUAGCCAUCUUUCUUUUUCUUUUCAUCUUUUUCUUUCUUCCUUUCUUUCUUUCUAUUUUUUCUUCCUUUCUUUCCACGUCAUUUUAGUGAUCGGUCUUUUAUCUCUUUCUUUCUUUCUUUCUUUCUUUCUUUCUUUCUUUCUUUAUAAAUUCUGUUUUUCUAUUUCUGUAGCCAUCUUUCUUUCUUUUUUCUUCCUUCCUUUAAAUUUAUUUUUUUUAUCUAUUUAUAAGUUAUCUUUUUCUUUUCUUAGUAGUCUUUCUUUCUCUCUUUCUUUCUUUCUUUCUUUCUUUCUAUCUUUUUUUCUUUCUUUCUUUCUUUCUCUUUUUUCUUUUAUGACAACCUUCUUCCUCUCCACUGUAACCUUUCGCAUUAUAAUUCAAUGA